UCAAUGAGACACUAUAUUCAAGAAUUUAAGGAAACCACUUUAUUUUAUCUGCUCGAUUUCUCAAUCCAAUUGUUUACUUAUGCGGCGGUAGACACAAAGUUGGGAAAUUUCUAUAGAUAUUCUAAUAUAAAUGAUACUGUAAAUUAAUGUGCAUCAUAACAACGAAAAGUGUCGUCUUCUAAACGUUAUUAACUGAAUUUAUGAUAUUAUUUUCCUUUGAAAAGUGACUGUUAGUUGAAAUUAAUUGUAGCCGUGAAAAAAUGAACUUGUGGGAAAAUGUAAUUGUUUAUUUGUUAUAUUUAUUCCAUCUUCGAUACGUUCAAUGUUAUCAAUCAUCUACAAAUUUCACCAUUUUCUGGGCCGUUCCAACAUUUCUUUGCAAAAACUACAAAAUUGAUUUUGAUGACUUUCUGGAAAGCAUUCCAGUGAUACGAAAUUCAGAAAAUCUCAAUAAAAAGAAUAAAAUUGUCACAUUCAAUAAUCCUGACUUAUUAGACGAUCGCUUGCCAGAGAAAAUGGGUAUGAUAAGUUAUGUGAGUUUGCAGAAAAAUGACAUACGCGAGAAAAUCUAUAGCACCUUCAAAGGACUUGGAGUUUUAAACUACACAAUGUGGCAGCCAAUUUUCAGACAAAAUUGUGGAUCUUUAGAGUACUUUUAUAAUAAUUCUAUUGAAAUGGAAAGAAAACUAUAUCCACUACUAAACGAAGAUCAAACUCGAGAAUUGGCUGAAAUGAGAUUCGAAUUUGCUACGUCAAUAAUAUUAACAAACUCUAUCAAAAACAUACAAAAUAGUUGGCCUCUAGCGACUUGGGGACUUUUUGAUUAUCCUAAAUGUUUUCUAACAGAAAAAAAAUUAAGUCAUGAAUGUGAUAGAGAAGUUAUAGAGGACAAUGACAAAUUAUCUUGGCUUUGGGAAUUAGAUAUCGCUUUGUUUCCCUCAAUUUUUAUUCCCGUCUAUGGCACGUAUUUAAAAAAAGAAAAUUUUGUUGAAGCACGUUUGAGAGAAGCUAGAAGAAUUUCACAAAAAUAUAAUCCUCCGUUAAAAAUUUAUCCUUACUUAGCACUCAGUUAUGAUGACUAUGAACUAUUAAUACGUAGGGCAGACCUUGUUACUAUAUUGAGGCCAUUUUUAACCAUAAAAACAGAUGGUUUAAUUAUUUGGGGGAAUGAAAAUGACGUAAACAGUAACAUCAAAUGCCAAAAGCUGUAUGAAUAUUCCACGCGCUACCUUGGAAAUGUACUAAAUGAAUUUUGGAACCUCAUACAAAAUGAAACCGAUAUAACAUGAAAACUAAAUUUCUUUUUUUAAGUAUUCAGAACUUUGCGUCUUAUUCUCUCAAAUAAAAGUAAAUGUCACCACCUGCAUAAAA